AGGAAAAACGGAAGACUAAACACCAUACGCCAGCCAUCACCAUUUUCUAUCUUCUUCACUUUCAUUUUCUUUCAAAGUUCUCUGUUUCUACCAAACCAAACAAAGCUCAAAUUUUCUGACAAAAAAAGAAAAAGAAAAAGGAGGGUUUUCACCAUGGAUAGACUGGUGAAGCCAGAUGUAAAAGAGGUGGAGCUGAACUUCAAGAGAGGCCAAAAGUGCAGCACAACUUUCAGGCUAAACAAUCUCAUGCACACCAUGUCUGUUGCAGUGUCGCUGACCACCACAAAUCCUUCCCUUUUCUCUUUCCCUCAACAAUUCUCUAUAAUCCCACCUCUCUCUUCGUCAUCAUACGCCCUCCUCCUCUCUCAGCCGUCUGAUCAACCCCCUCUGAUUUCCCCUGCUGACGUCAUCUACGUCCGCACUUCCAUGCUCCCUACCGGCAAAGCUCAUCAGGACGAUCUCCGCCGUCUGUUUUCCAAACCAGGACCCCACGUUUUCAGGGACGCAACCAUACCCAUCUCCUUUGUGGGUCCACAGGUCGUUGAAUUCCUCAUCUCUAACCACGCUGAGGUCCCGGAAUUGAGUUCUUCCUUACGCAGAGCCAUUUCUGGGUGUUCUCAAUCUCAGGUUACAGAGUUGCUCAAUCCCGCCAUAGAUUCCGGUAACGCUUAUUUGAUUUCUACUCUGAUCGACGCCGGAGCUGACGUCCACGGAAGAGAAAAUUCGGAUAAAGGGUCGAUUCUCUCUUCAGCGGUUCGGGCCGGAAACAUUGAGAUCGUUAAGAUUUUGAUAGCGUCUGGCUGCGAGAUCGAUGAUUCCGUAGACAAAGUUUUGCACGAAGCUUCGGCGAUGAACAGGGUCGAUUUGGUCGAGAUUCUGUACAAAAGUUUCUCGGAUAUCGAUGUCAAUUUGGUGGAUUCGGACGGUCGGACUCCGAUUCAUAUCGCCGCGGCUCGCGGCCACGUCGGGGUGCUGAGGUUCUGCCUCUCGGUUGGAGGAAACGCCGACGUUUCGGAUAACAACGGGUGGACACCGCUUCACUUCGCAGCAGCAGAGGGUCAUUUGGAAGCGGUGGAGUGUCUGUCGGAAUGCUCGAAUACCAAAUACGUGGUCAACAAAGAAGGGAAAACGGCUUUCGCUCUCGCAGCCGAUAAUGGGCAUUCGCAUUUGCUCAGUUUGCUUCGUCUAGACGAUUUGUUGCAGAGAGCGGCGAGACUUGACGACGUCCAUGGGUUGAAGAGUUGCAUAGCUCAAGGGGCAAUGGUGAAUGGGAGAGAUCAGAAUGGGUGGACCCCACUGCACAGAGCUGCGUUCAAAGGAAGAAUUGAGUGUGUGAAGGUGUUGCUUAAUCAUGGUGCUCUUGUUGAUGUCGUUGAUGAUGCUGGUUUUACUCCUCUCUAUUGUGCUGUUGAAGCAGGGCAUGUUCAGGUUGCUCUGUUGUUGAUUGCCCAUGGAGCUCGACCCAAUGUCAAGAGUCUCAAAGGAGUUGUGCCUAUUAAUUUUGAUCGUUUUAAGAAUCAUCCUGCUCUUAUUCAUCCUUUGAAUCAUGAAAAGGAACGAGCUUGAAUAUCCUCUCCCCCCUCCCCCCCCCCUCCCAAAAAAGAAAAAAAAGAAUCAUCAUGAUCCAAAACUUGUAUAUAUAUAUAUAUAUAUAUAAAUAUAUAUGCUUUUUGGUCCUUUGGAGCUUCAGUUAGUUCAAUCUCCAUGUAUAUUAGGAGGAGGAUCAAGUUUACUAGAAAACAAAAUGAACUGAGAUUUUUGUUUAGAAUUUAAACUUUAGUUUCUCUUUUU